UCCGGCCGCAAGCUCUCCCAGCUCGGCUCGCGUCGCGCGAGCUAGCGAAACGCUCGCUCCCCCAAGGCACUCCGCGCGCACACAGCAGUCUUGAUUUUUAUUGUUGUCGUUGUCUUUUCUUCUCUUCGCUGUAUCAUGUAUCGCGAGUACGCGUGCAAUUUGAAAUUCAAUUACGGCGGUUGUAAAAGGGAGGACGGGUGAUUGCAAGAUCAUGUGGACUUUGCUGUACAACGAAAAUUGCUGUUGCUACUGGAAAAGCGCGCCUAAUUGCUGUCGCAUCGAGAGCUAGAGAGGGAGCACAAGCGCGCUCGCGCCAAAGGGCAGAGGGAUCACUUUCUCGUUAGCGAAUGGCGAACAACAAAUGUUGCCGGGAUCUCGCAAUUAACCGCACCACUGGCCAAAUUACCUUCCAAUCCGAAUAUAAUCAAAGCCCUUAUCUACGGGGCAAAAGUUCAUACGUUGCACGCGCAGAUACAAAGUGCCCGGCUCUCCCGCCGGUAUCACAUAUCCAUAAAUCGCCUCUCGCCGUCUGAAAAGUUAAUUAUCCGUGAGGGGCUUACACUGAGCCGCGCAAUAGGCAACAGAACUCACGAGGAAAAAAAGAAGAGGACAUAAGCGCCGAAAAAGAAUGACGUUGGCUGAGCGGACAAACAAGAUUCACGACUUGCAGCAGCAGCAGCAGCAGCAGCAGCAGCAGGAGUAGCAGCGGCGGCAGCUCUAUCGGCGAUAAAGCUCAGGGCGAGCACGUACGUGCUGCGAGGAAGACGACGACGCUGCGGGCAGCAUGAAUUGGCCGUGGCUGCUGGUACUUGCCGCCGCGUUGGCCGCCGCGACGCCCGACGAGCAGCAACGCUACAAGCCUGUGCCUCGAUUAUACGGCGACAGGAUACCCAGGAGGGUCUUGACUACCAGCGACAAGAAGGUCCAGAGAAAAAUCGUCCUCUAUCACAACUUCUUCCGGAGCCGCGUCGAGCCCCCAGCCGCCAACAUGCUCGUCAUGAAAUGGCACGCUGGAGCGGAGAAGGCAGCGCAACGCUGGGCGGAGGCGUGCUACGCGCUGACGCACGACAACGCGACCGGUCUACACACCGAUGACUUCGGCACUUGUGGACAGAAUAUCUUCAUCUCGACGGCACAAGUACCAUGGUUCUUCGCUAUAAAAACUUGGUUCGGCGAGGAUCGUCUGUUCAAGUACGGCGGCAGCGGCAACGAGCUGAGUAAGAUCGGUCACUACACACAGAUGGUAUGGGCGAGCUCGCACCUAGUCGGCUGCGGCUGGGCCGAGUGCGACGGUAAGCGUGGACCCCGUGGUAUCCCCUACUUCAGCUACGUCUGCAACUACUGCCCGGCUGGCAACAGGGAAGACCUGCUGUCGACGCCCUACGCGGCCGGCGAGAGUUGCUCGGAAUGCAAGGAACACUGUCGGCUGGGCAAGCUCUGCAAGAACUCGUGCCCGUGGGCGGACCUGUGGGCCAACUGCCGGCAGCUGCGCAACACGUGGCCAAGCUGGCUGUGCGACAGCGACACCGAGCAAGGACGAGAGCGUAGGCAGUUCUGCCGGGCCACCUGCCGGUGCGAAGGACGUAUCAUCUAGAGCGCGCGCAGCUGACUUUCCGCAAACAAGGAGGCGUCGAGAAGAAACGCCGACCGAGAAUCAUAUCGUUAGUCUGUGUAUAUAAGAUCUUCUUUUUUCUGUUCGUUGAAGGCGCGCGCGUGUGUGUGAAGCUCUCGGUCUCUCCUCGACUACUGCGAAGCUGCAAAGUUUCAGCGUUAACGGAGUUCUCUCUUGCUUAAUUUGAGGUUUUAGACGGUUUAAGCGCCAAUGGAGAGGAGAUAAUAGUUUUGUUGAGCACGCGAGGAGAAGGAAGAGAAGAGAGAGAGAGAGACACUUGGAAUAUUUGCCAGAGACCAAGUUUCGCAAAUGCAAGUUUCCCCUGGUAUUGCUAUUCUGCGCAAAAUUCUUCCUGGACAAGUUUACCAUAGUAAUAACUUAUGAGCAAGUCAAUACAAGUCAUUUGAGGGAUACUUUUUCGCGUACAUAGCUUACGAAUUUCAUCUGCAACAUCAAUUUCAAUGUUAAUUCACGGAGCUUUUGCGCUUAUCUUAUUUCACGGGCGAACUUUGAUCUAAAUGCUGCAUUUCUCAGUCUGCGCCUUUAUCUCAAUUCCAAAUACGUGAGCGAUUGUAGUCGGGGCAAGGAAACAUUUUCAACGAUGAUGAAACUAAACUCCCUCUCGCUUUAAUACAAUUGAAAUCCACCCGGGGAGGGAAAAAGAAGGAAACGUAAGAGUAGAAGGGUUACGUAGUCUUUGCAAAGGUGGCCAAAAAACAGCCGUUACACUUCUGGCGCGACAUCCUCCUUAAUUUGAAUAAUCAUUAUCCGUCUCAUUAGGCAUUCAUCCGUAUAAUCCCCGGUGCAAACUUCAACGUCUCUGCCUCUCUCUCUCUCUCUCUCUUUCGCGCGCGCGCGCGACGCACGAGAGUAAGAAGAUACUGCGCGACUCCUCCUCUUCCUCCUCUUGACCCGACCAAGUGAAACGGGUUAACCGAGAUUUCUCGCGCGCGCAAGUUUCUCGGCAGCCGCGCCAAGGCUUUGCCGCCUGUACGUUAUUCCUGAUUGUCGAGUGUGCGAGACGCAGUGAGCCUUGAAUAGCCGAGAUGCAAUCAUUAGAGGCUAGGGGAUGAACGAAGUGCCAGUGUUUCUUCCUAGACGCGUAAAACUGAUGUAAUUCGAGGGCCAAAAAAAAAAAGAGAAACGCCCGGGCAUAAUUGCCCUCGUUGGGAUGAAAAAUGGCCGCCGAGAUAGAGAAAGAGAGAGAGAGAGAGUAAAGGGCGAUAGGGUAGAAGGUAGUAAUUCAUGCGGCUCGCCCCCCCCCUCUCGCAGUUCGUUACGGAAGAAGAAAUAGGAAUUAUCUUGUGCGUAAUGUGGUGUGGAAAAAUGCCGUCUAAGAAUCGCGGCUGCCGCGCUGCGAGGCGAGAUUAGAGCCAAGUUCGUAAUUUGAAAGUGGCCGAGAUAAUGGCGAACGGCGCGUCGUGUAAAAUUGCACACCGCUCCUCGGCGAGAGACAACGAACGAGCUUGCGCGUCGUGCCAGGGAGUAAAAAAAAAUCUCAGUUUUACAAUCUUCCAGUUUGCGCUCCGCACAGCUUUCGUGUUUCUCGGCGCGUCUCGGCAUCAUAAUACACACAGAGAAGAAACAACUUUGGCGAGACGAAAACAGACAAACGAGCUUGAGCGAAAGGUCAGAGGAAAAAAGAAGAAAAAACAGCGAGCAGAAGAAUUGCGCGUUAAAUAAACGAGAAAGCUCGCGAAGUAAACAAAGAUAUAUUACAUUCCAAGCGAGAGCGCGAAAUCUCUUUCGAAAAUUGACACUUGAAGUGACGGCGACGAGUUUCUUUUGUUCCCUUCUUUUUCGCGUGAGAGCUUUCGUCGUCUCUAAUGGACGCGUAUGUGUGUGAGUGCGAGAGAGAGAGAGGCGUGAUGAUAAGGAUGAUGGCGAAACGAUGUCAGAGACGAAACCGAGAUGGCGAGAGGAUUUGAAUGUUUGCAUGUCAAACGACGCAUAUGUAAAUUUCAAGUGAUCAUCAAUAAAUGUAU